GCGGACGAAGUUGAGAGAGGAGCUGCACAGUUUGGAUCUCAGAGUUGGGAGAGCGAUUUUGGCACGAAGAGGACUCCCCAUAUCUCGUUCUUCCAAACUAACUCUGCGUUGUUGUUUCAUAUACAUGUCUGUUUGUUUAAAUCCUCUUCAAAUAAACGAUAAGUUCGCAUUAGAGGCUGCGGGAUGUACACGGCCGGGCUCAACCCGUUUUACGCAUCAAACUUCAGCCUGUGGUCUGCGUACUGCGCGGGGGGCUUCGCUGUGGACUCCGCGAAGAAACCGUCCUUUUGCAUCGCGGACAUUUUGCAGGCUGGAGAUGCGGAGAACAUCCCGGGAUCGUCGGCCCUCAUGGUGCAUAUGGGACACCACCACCCUCACCGGCAGCAGCAGCAGCAGGGUCACUCCGGCAGCUCCCCGCUGCGCCCGAGUCCUAUCGCUCCGGACGCGUCUGUGUACGGCGCGAGGGGGAAUGCGGCUUCCCCUUACCACAGACACGGACUACAGCUGACAUCAGUGUCCAGAACUGCUUUUAACUCCCAGCAAGGACCCCCGCCCUCCAGCAAAGACCUCAAAUUCGGAAUUGAUCGGAUAUUGUCGUCAGAUUUUGAUGCGAAAGGCAAAGAAAAGUCUUCGCUAAGAGAUCUCACGUCCAUCAUUAGCUCGAACCGUCAGUCAGGCCUCCAUCUCCCCGUUCAGCCUCCGUCCAGCCAGUACUUCUCCUCCAUGGAGGCGGCCGGGAUGAGCGACGCGUCCUCCAUGCUGAGCUCACUAGGCAGCAGCUGCAGCGGCAGGCAAACAGGCCAGCAUCAGUUUCAGGACUCCUUCCCAGGUCCAUACGCCGUCCUCACCAAAGACACGAUGCCUCAGACGUACAAGAGGAAGAGGUCGUGGUCUAGGGCCGUGUUCUCAAACCUGCAGAGGAAGGGACUGGAGAAGAGGUUUGAGAUUCAGAAAUAUGUCACCAAGCCGGACAGAAAACAGCUGGCUGCCAUGCUCGGGCUGACGGACGCUCAGGUGAAGGUGUGGUUUCAGAACAGGCGCAUGAAGUGGAGACACUCCAAAGAGGCCCAGUCCCAGAAGGACAAGGACAAGGAGCAGCCCGACAAGAGCGCUUCCGAAGCCGGCAGCGGGGAGCCUCCGGAGCCCGCCGAGUCCGAGUGCGAGUGUGAGAGCGAGGGCAGGAGCGAAUGCGAGUCAGAGGAGGCACCGGAGGACAACUCAGACGAACAUUUGGACGUUUCCGAGCCCAACAAAACCAGCGUGAUCAUAAGCGGGAGCACGCCGGGGAGCAGCGCGGAGGGAGCGGCCGCAGCCACAGACACACCGGCCUCUCAGACACUCAUAUGAAGGACGAUUUAUUCAUGAACUUUGGGGUUUAUAAUCUUGAAAGAGGGACUCGAGUGAUAUUAAAACUAAGCUGGAGCGGCAGUGACAUGACAGUACACAAAAGCAUUUUGCAACCUGAAGUCAGGCCUGGAUAAAAUCUUGGGAACACAUGGAUGAAUUUUAUCAUUACGACACAUUUUAAGGAAAAAUAUUUCCCCGUUAAUUUGUCAUUUUAUUACAUUUAUCUUUAAUCUAUACCGUCUCUUUUUAAUGUAAAAUAAACAAACUGCUAAUUAAAUUAAACAUACAGGAUUUCAGCCACCACCAGCCUCUCCUUGCAGUCGGUUUUCCUGUCACGUGCUCUCGCGUGCAUAAUGUUUUCUCAUCUGAAGGAAAUAUGUGGUUGUGAAUUUUAUUUUGAAGGUUAUAAACCACUCGUUUUACGUGUCAAUGUAUGUUUUUCUUCUCAUGUUUUUGGUCUGAAUAUAUAACUGUGUUAUUUUGUUAAUAAAAACUUGCACUGAA